CGAGGUGCUUAAAAACGUGCGUUUUGCUUUCGUAAACCGUAGCUUACACUAGUACUUGUUGUGUUUCUCGCGUUGUAUCAACUCACCGUUUUGAAAGGGGCGUUUAUUUGGUCACAAGACCGGAAGUCACCUCGGUGUGAACACGUUGAGCUUUGCUGUGGGGGUAUGCGCUAUAAAGUCCAGGCGACUUGCAAGCAGACUUGACUUGACAACAAAAAGUGACACAAUGUAUGCCAAAAAGAUAUCCCUCUGCAGGAUGACUGUGACCGAGCUGGACGAUUUCCUCCGGAAACCCCCGAGCGGCGUCUCGGUGUCUACCCAGAAGUCGACCAAGCGGGUCCACAUUGACCCUGCGACCAGCCUGCUUCUAGCCGACCCUUGUGACGCCUUGGCGGGCAGCGUCGUGUUCCAGGGUUCGCUUGGACGAAGCAUUCGAUUGACAAACUUGUGGGAGUACAGUAGCUUCCGGAAGAGUCUUGUGUCCAAAACCAUUUACCUGCUGGUGUCCACUCACCUGCCAAACUCCACAGACGUCAUGAAGCGCUACGUGGUGUCAAUGGACGGUGCCAACCCGCUGGUCCGGUGGCAGCUGGAGAGAGGUCUGGACUGGACCAUCUCAUCCGUGGCGGGCGAGAGCUACCAGGUGGAAAUCGACCUGAGCGACGCAUUGGACAAGUGGGCGUCCCGCAACUUUCCCAAAGAUAACAAGACUGGCAUGAGACCUCAGUGGGCUGAUGCCUCCUUCAUGCUUAAGUACCACUCUGACGCCCUCUUUGACUUCCCGUACUGGUUUGGACUUAGCAAGAGGAAGUUUAAGUUGAGACUCACCUGAGGAGGGCGCCGCACACCCGCCCUAUUCGGCCGUCCACUUUUUCCCGUGGAGACGACCUCCCUCAGAAGACGCCGGUACCCGCCAGGUGGAGAGAGGCGUUAGGAGGAUGCUCUCAUGAAGCAAGAAGAAACAGGAAAACCUAAGAAGGAGCUGAAAGCUUGUUACAAGCAACCAAAAAAUGUAGUAUUUUUAUAUGAUGUACUUUAUUUGUUGUAAUAGCCGCAAUAAAAGGAAAGAACAAGAGUGGGUCUUCUUUUA